AUGGCUUCUUGGACGUUCGAUAUGAAGUCUCUUGAAGAAACAUUUGUGAGUUUUUUCGGUCUUUCCUGGGGGUUCACGGGCUUUGUGCUUCUAGGAAGUAUUUUCCUCCUCACGAUUCUACGAUCCAUUUACAACACACUUUUCCAUCCACUGGCUCGUUACCCUGGCCCAAUUAUCUGGACCUCAACUUUUAUUCCUUACAAAAUUGCUCUUAUGAAGGGAACAACCCAUCUCUGGCAUGCCGAGUUUCAUCGCCGCUAUGGACCAGUAGUCCGAGUGUCACCAGACCAGCUCUCGUACAUCAGCGCCCAGGCGUGGGAUGAUAUAUACGCUUGCAGGAAUCCUCAGCUGAAGAAGCACCCUGAAAUUACUGCGAGCCCUGCAGGGGGUGUGAACGGGAUGGCCAACACCCCUAGUGAUACGGACCAUGCCCGGAUGAGGCGCGAGCUGGUUUCAGGCUUCAGUGAGAGAAGUGUCAGGGCGCAAGAGAAUCUUUUGACACGACAUAUCAGCCAACUGGUGGUAAGGCUCAGGGAGCGGGUCCUUGAUACUCAGAAAGAGGGUCCAGGAACUAGGGAGGCCAAUAUGUCACUCCUGUUGAACGCUACAACCUAUGAUAUCAUAACUGAUCUGACCUUUGGAGAGAGCGCCAACACGCUUGAGCAGGAGACCGACUGGAUUGGUUUCGUUAUGCCCAUGGUAAAAGCACGCAUUGCUUCCCGCGUUGUCACUAAAUAUGUCUCUUUCUUCGUGACCACAAUCAGUUCGCUAUUCCCGGUGUUAUUCCCGAGUGCUACAGUGAAAUUCCACCAGAGCAACAUCGCUGCAUUGGACCGCCGUCUCGAUUCGAGUGCUGAUGACAAGCAACCUGAUCUCCUCACUCUCGUAAUGCCUCAUUUAGGUGGACCCCAAGGCUUCUCAAUAGGGCAGCUUCGCUCAACGGUGGGAUCACUCAUGAUUGCCGGAUCCGAAACUACUGCCAGUGUCCUGACAUCCGCCAAUUACUAUGUUCUUUCCCACCCACAGAUAUACGCCCGGUUGAAAGAAGAGGUGAGAGCGAGUUUCGCAAGAGAAGAGGACAUCAACAUCAUAGCGGUCAACAACUGCAAGUACAUGAUUGCCGUACUACAAGAAACAAUGCGAAUCUGGCCAGCAAUCCCAUCGAGCCUUCCACGCAUAAGUCACGGCUGCUUCAUCGAUGGAAACUGGGUUCCUAAUGGAACCAAAGUCGGAGUGCACCAGUGGUCGUCAUAUCGGUCAGAGCUGAAUUUCACCCGCCCAGAGGAGUUCCUGCCAGAAAGAUGGCUGGAAGGAGAGAAUCGGCAGUUCAAGGAUGACAAUAAAGCCGCGUUUCAGCCGUUUAAUGUGGGCCCGCGGAACUGUCUUGGGAUGAGCUUUGCCAAGGUUGAGCUCCGUAUGAUAUUUGCGCGUUUGUUGUGGAAAUUCGAUAUGGAACUUCUCACUAACCACGAGGAGUGGGAAGCGCAACGCACCUACAUUGUCUGGGAUCGGUGCCCGCUGAGAGUCAAGAUCCCAUCGUUGUGUGGUCAUUGUCAUCGUCUUGUUAAGACCAUGCAAUACCCCAAUUAUCUCGUCUUCCUUGUUGGGGUUGCGAUAUCACUAGUGAUUCAUAAUGCGUAUAGACUCAUCCAACGCAAUCUCACUCAACGCCGUUUUAUAAGUCUUCAUGGCUGUCAACCGGCAGCUAAGGUUCCCUCGAAGGGCAGAUUCAGCAACCUUAGGCGAAUUCUCUCCAACGUUCGAACGGCCAAGCAACACCGAAUCCUUGAAACAAACCAAAGCACCUUCCAACGUUUCGGCAACACCGUAGCUGACAAACGACUUGGACGCCCGGCCAUCAUCACCUGCGAGCCUGAGAAUGUGAAGACCAUCGUUUCGCAACAAUUUCAGGACUUCACAGUUGGACAUCGUAUUCACGCACAAGGUCCACUCCUCGGGCAUGGCAUCUUCACAUCGGAUGGCGACCAGUGGGCUCGUUCUCGUGCUCUACUCCGACCUAAUUUCACUCGCGCCCAGGUAUCGGACCUUACCCUAUUCGAGGAGAAGAUACAAGACCUUUUCGCCCUCAUCCCCCCAAACGGUGCCACGGUUGACCUACAAGAGCUUUUUUACUCGUAUACCUUGGACUCUGCGACGGAGUUCUUGUUCGGACAUUCCCUUCAUACACUAAGAAGAUCACACCCUGAUAGCGAGUCGGGGUUUGAGGUUGGGAAGGCGUUUAACUAUGCCAUGGAGGCAAUUACCAUGCGGUCCCGGUUGGGUUCCCUGCGUGUCCUCCAUUUUGAUCGUAAAGCAACGCGAAGCUUUAAGAUCUGUCAUCAGUUUGCCGAGAGGAUCAUUGAUUCUGCAGUGCAACGGAGAGACGCAAUUCCCAUUGCUACCGGUGACUCUGGACAGAAACAAAAGUAUCGGGUCGUCGACGAGCUGGUGCGCCAGACCAACAACAGGCGUCAAAUCCGGGAUGAGCUAAUAAAUGGCCUAAUUGCCGGUAGAGACACCACCGCCGGUCUCCUGAGCAAUCUAUUUUUUUUGCUAGCCAAACACCAAGAGGUAUGGACUAAACUGCAGGAUGAAGUCAACAGGACACUCAAUGGCCGUCUUCCGAGCUAUGAAGAUCUGCGCCAGAUGAAAUUUCUCCAAUAUUGCUUGAAUGAGGCUCUCCGACUAUAUCCCGUGGUGCCAAUUAACGGCAGGCUCGCAAAAAUCGAUACAUGUCUCCCAGUCGGCGGUGGCCCCGAUGCAAAAUCACCGGUAUUUGUUCCCAAAGACACCAUGGUCAUAUACAGCGUGUAUUCAAUGCAUCGACGUGAUGAUCUAUACGGGCCCAAUUCCAAUGAAUUCUGGCCUGAGCGGUGGGACUCCAUUCAGCCGGGAUGGGGCUAUCUUCCUUUCAACGGUGGUCCACGAAUCUGCCUGGGCCAGCAGUAUGCUUUGACAGAGGCUGGAUACGUGACAGUCCGGCUGGCGCAGCGAUUCCGUAAGCUCGAGAGUCGUGAUCCGGGGAAGUGGGAGGAGAGUCUUUCAAUGACGUUAAGAUCUCGAAAUGGGACUAAGGUGGGUCUAAUGUCGACUUAA